AUGGGGCAUACGGCCAGCGUAAAUAGGCAGCGACGCAGCCCAACACUCACGCUCAAUGGCGAUCCCACUAGUGCAGCUGCAGAACCACGUAGGAGCUACACACCGUCACAGAUGCAGGCGCUAUAUUUUAGUCGGGGUCGGCCAGAUUUGGCGUUUUUAUCCAAUCAGGGACGCAUGCAUUCCGAAGUUCCGGGGCUCCAACAAACAUGUACUGUCAAGAGUUACGUCAAUCUAAAGAAGUCCAGUCUUAAACUGGAGCAAUCACUUAUGAACUUGCAGCAGUAUGCUUUAGAAUUUCGAUUUGACGCUACUAAACCGUGUUGGAUCAGUAUCUAUUUUGUGGCAACAGAGACGAUUGAUACAAAAACUGGCUGCUGUAACAUUGCAUUGACUUACUCAGACAAAGUACCCUUGUUAAAGAAGCUAUUUUCUAUUGGAUCAGACCAGCCGUUCAAGCUGAAUGCCACAAAGAAAAAAAUAGAGGACGGCCACGAAGUGCACGAGCAGCCAUUGCCACCUCUUGAUUUCUCGCUCUAUGACCCUGAUGUGCUGGUGUACAAGUCGGGUUCCAAUGAGUUUCCGUUGAUUAUUGUGCUUGAAGUAUCCUCGGACACGGAUUGCUCACAGUCACAGACGACAUUUUGUACCUUUUUUAAAAAUUAUGAAGGCGCAUGGACUAUCAAGAUACUGAAGCAGAAAGUUUUGGUGGACGGAUCUACAUAUGAAUUGCAGGAGAUCUAUGGCAUAGAUGGAUCUGUCACCGCAGCACCGAGGAUGGAGCGUGGUGAAGACAGACGGCAAGAGUCAAGUCAGGCUGAGAAUGAUUCCAUCAACGAAAGCGCUGAGUGCAUUAUAUGCUUAAGUGAACCGCGAAAUACUACCAUUUUACCCUGUCGUCAUAUGUGUCUUUGUACCGAGUGUGCUGAAGCUUUGCGCAAGAUCUCCAGUACGUGCCCAAUUUGCCGGUCGCGGGUCGAAUCGUUGCUUCAGAUUUGUGCUGACUAA